UGACCUGCAGUCUCGACAGCAAGGCACUACAUCAACAGGUCCUUCAGUCUAUGCAAUCUAAUGAUGUCGCAUUUCAACGACUUCUUGCCGAGAUAUCUAACAUCCGAGCAAACGUCACGAUCACAUCUCUGAGCAGCCAGGCCGAGCUCCAGCUGCAACGGAUAUUCGCUCUUCCUGACGAUAGCCGAAAGGCACUCACAAGAGGCAAGAUCCUCAAUCUCUUGCAAUAUGAGACGGCACACGAACGCUUCGACGAUAUUAUAACUGUGGACCAAGAUUGCUUCUCCUGGGCUAUCGAUGAAGAUGCUCAUCUGGAACCAAUGCAGCAACCGCAGUUUCGGUUGCAACAGUACAGCCAGACCGGUCCCGCUUCACACUCAGAAUUGCACCAACAUAUCGAUUUCGAGGCCAGUCCUCAUGAAUCAAUGGCGUUAUCCUUUCACGACUUCGAUGGGUCUGCCUCAGGCGGUGCAGAAGACGAGUCGAAGUCGUCCUCGGCUCCAGUCAGUCUGGGCUCAAAGCUCAUAUUUGCCAAAUUCUUCCUCUGCUACGAUGGAUCUAAAAAGCAGAGAACAAUCGCAGGUCUAUCUCGCUCGAUGCUCCACGACAUUUUGGAGCAAUGUCCAGAGCUGAUCGAGAAGGCACUGCCGGAUCUAGUAAGAUUGGUUGAAUCCCAGCCCUGGCAGCUGGAACUCAAAACCCACCUGCGAGCAGAUCGCAUGGAGAACGCAUUGAUUCAUGUGCUUCAAAUCGUGUCGGGGUCUCUCGAAUGCAAGAUUUGCAUUUUCAUCGACGGAUUAGACGAGUACAACGACGACUUCCGCGACUUCACUACCUUAAGCGGUGUUUUAUGUCAUUGGACCCAAUCAGGAGGGCAGAACGUAAAGCUUUGUGUGGCAAGUCGGCCAGAGCCCGCGUUUCUCCAGGCGUUUGAUCAACGUCAAAGAAUCUGGAUUGAACAGUACAGCGAUGCAGAUGUCAGAAAGCUUGUUGGUGAAAGGUUGCACGCGGUUGUUGGUGCUGGUGGCUACGAAAAAGAUAUCAUUGACCAGAUAUCGGAUGUGAUUGUCCAAAGAUCAGCUGGCAAUUUUCCUUGGGCUGCCUCAGCUGCCGUCGCUGUAGCCAGUGUUUUGCAGCGCGAUGAAGCAGCAGCGCUGCAGCUGACAUCGGCGCACAGUAGGACGCAAGAUCAGGACCCGAGCACUGUAGAUCCGCUUGCUCUGGAAGAAAUGCUACUUCGGCAACAUGUCCCAAGCCAUCCUUCAAUGCCGCAAAGUGCGGGACGUCUACGCUCUAUCGCUCUGUCUCCCGGGCCUCCUGGUUUCCUGGAAUCCGAAAGCCGGCAGCAAAGUGUGGUGACCCAUCGGGAGAGUACCAACGCCGAGCAAACUUCACAGCUAAAAAGCCUUCUGGGAAUCACCGCCCAUUACGAAGAUGAUCACUUUGAGGCUGAAGAUGCUCGACUUGCGGGGACAUGCGAAUGGAUCAACGAGCGAGCUAGUUAUCGAGACUGGGUUAACUCUAAGGCUAAUGGUACCCAAGUGUUGUGGCUUGCUGGCAAACCUGCGUCAGGAAAAUCGACGCUCACAAGCUACAUCAUCAGUCAGCUGCAACAGCGCGGCGCAAGCGUUAGUUACUUCUUCUUCAAACAUGCCGACAAAUCCAAAGCUGUAUUCGGAGCUUGCUUGAAGGCUUUGGCGUACCAAACAGCGCUUCGUAGUGACCAAAUACGAGCGGAAUUUCUAGCCGUGGACAAAGCGCAAAUCGAAUCGAUCGACCCCGGGACUGAUGCACUCUCGAGCCAGAACCAAAACGAACGUCUCCUCUGGCGCAAACUUUUCGUUGACAUCAUUUUACGCUCCAGCCUCGAGGAGCAGUACUGGGUGAUUGAUGGCUUAGACGAGUGCGAGAACUUCGCAGCGGCGUUCACAUCGUUGUUUGGCAAAAGUGUCCAUUCAAUUCGUCUUCGAAUCCUGAUCACCAGCAGGGAGACGGCAUCUUUGAAGACAGAAUUUGACAACGUUGCAGCCCGCAUGUCGUUGAACAUAGAACAUAUCUCGGCUGCGGACACGCUCGAGGACAUCAAAUUACUGAUCCAAGCACGCGGAUCCUCGAUCGAGGAACACUCCGGCCAGCAUUUGGUUGAACAGAUCCUGAGCAAGUCCAGGGGGUCUUUCCUGUGGACUACCCUCGUCUUACAAGAAUUAGUCAACACGUACAGCGAGUCCGAAGUUCAGCGGGUCCUUGAAGAAGUCCCGCGAGGCAUGACUGCUCUCUACCAGAGGAUACUAAAGACACUCGCACAAGCCGAUCGCGACCAUACAUUCAUGAGGGCAGUGCUGACCUGGAUUACAUGUGCCCCCCGACCACUUUCAGUAGAGGAGCUCGACGGAGCACUCCUGCACCAUCUCGGAAAGAGCUUCCCAAAUUUGAAAGCUCGCCUCAUGGCUGUGGGCGGCCAGCUUUUGACAAUUGAUAAGGUUGGGCGUGUAAAUCUAGUACACGAGACCGCUCGGGAGUUCCUGCUCGAUACUGUAGAGGCGUCUGGUUUCUCCAUCUCGGCCGGGACAGCACAUGCGAUUAUGGCAGCUGCGUGCUUGAACUGCCUCUCAGGUCCCGAUAUGCAGGCGCCUCGACCGAGGAAGAGAUUUAACUCUAACAAGACGCCCAGCAAGCGGACCUCGUUUUCGAUCUAUGCCGCUCUUAACUUCUCUUAUCAUUUGAGGCUCGCGAAUCUCACCGCGGCAGAUUUGAUAUUGCUGCUCGAUAUAUUUCUGAAGACCAAUGUACUCUCGUGGAUCGAAUGCAUUGCCAAUACAUCGUCUAUUGCGCCAUUGGUGGCAGCUGCAGCCGAUAUGGAUCAUUUCGUUACGGAACACAUGACCACUGCUCCGGCCCAUGGAAGAGAGCUACAGAGCAUCAGAAGCUGGGCCAAGGACCUCACAAGGUUGUCAGCAAAAUUCGCUGAUGCACUGCUAACAAAUCCAGCCGCGAUAUUCUCGAUCUUGCCUCCUUUCUGCCCCAAGAACUCCUGCAUUGCAGGGUUCGUGAGGCAAGAGCGCGGACUUGCUGUUAUUGGUUCGCCGGAUGUCGAAUGGGACGAUCGUCUAUCAUGUAUAGACCUCCGAUCACGCGCGAGUUGCGUCUGUUUUGGAAACAAGUUCUUCGCCGUUAGUGUGGCCGGCCCCAAUGGCGUGAUCCACAUCUAUCGUGCCACAACUGGCCAGGAGCACAAAGUCUACCAUCACGGAGAGGCGCUCAAUAUGAUCCGCUUUCUAUAUGGAACUGAACUCUUAGCCUCAUGCGGUAAUAGCUCCAUUCGCAUCUGGAAUGUAUUUAAAGACCAAGUGCAACACGUACUGCCCAUGCCUGGUCGUUGUCUGGACUUAGCCUACGGAUCCAAUAUACUUUAUGCUGCAUAUCACAAGGGCUUUUUGGCAUCAUGGGAUUUGAGUGAUGGCGCAUGCCGCUUGCCAGACCAACCUUGGAAUGCUGACCCGGAUGUUCACGACAAGCGACCUCUCCGACCUCCAUCCGCCGUCUCAAUAUCUACAGCUCAUGACAUGAUCGCCAUUGCUUCUCCUGGGCAUCCCAUAAUCCUAUGGAGCAUUUCAGACGACAUGUACUAUGGUACUUGUGGCAAGAGACUGCCAAAUGGCGAAGUCAGCAAGCACAACAUAACCGCAAUGGUAUUCAAUACAGAUCCAGACAGGCCACUGCUAGCAGCUUCUUACCUUGAUGGCGAGUUGGCGAUCUUAGACCCGUUCGAGGAUGAUACGCUCACAGUCGUCCGUGCUGAAUGCCCCAAGCUAGCAGCAAGCCCAAAUGGGAUCUUUCUAGCAGGCGCUGCUGGUUCUGGGACUAUCGACGUGUACCACUUCGAGACGCUUCAGCUGAUCUACAGGGUUACCUCUUCCAAACAAUACAUCACCGGACUAGCAUUCUCCCGCGAUAGCUGUAGGCUGGCCGACAUUCGAGGAUCAAUCUGCAACAUUUGGGGUCCGCCAAGACUACGCCAGGAAGACAUGAUUCACGAUCAUGGUGGAGACGCAUCGUGCAACCAGCCACCUGUGACUGUGGCUAUAGCAGAACCCAAGAUCAAGAUCAGCGUAAUCGCAAACCACACGGACGAUAAACAUAUUCUGUGUGGGCAGAGUGAUGGCGCCGUCGCACUGUACAGUCUGCGUGAUGGAUGCCAAGCGACGACACUUUAUCGACAUAAAUCUAACGUGCAUUCCCUCCACUGGUGGUCGAGGAUAAAUCUUUGCUUGAGCGUCGAUGCCUCCAAUGCAAUUCUCGGCUGGAGUACAGCCCGCUCACAGCAAGGCGGUCUCAUUGCCCAGCAGCAAAUUUUUCAAGGUCGAUUGAGUAGCAACAAGGCUAUUACACAGCUACUUGUGAGCGAAACAAAUGACAUUUUCAUCUUAUCUACCAGCGAUUCUGCGCAUCUCUGGAGCUGUGACGGGCAAGAAUUGAGUUCGCGGCGACACUCGUCCACUACACAGAUAUGGAUUCAGCAUCCAACUUCUGCGAUGUACGUACUUCGUGUUGAGCCAACUGAUGUGUCUAUCCACAGUUGGAGCGAUCUGUCAGAGAUCAAGCGCAUCCCAAUUGCAGUUGGAGAUGGCUUACAACUAAAAUCUGCAAGAGUCUGCAUGAUGGAACAAACGCCAGCCAUACUCUUGGAGCUGUGCCAACUUGACGGGAAUGCUGGGACUAAAGAUGUCUGCUUGCUUGAUGUGGAAAGCUUCAAUGUUCCAGCAGACCAUCAGAAAGGGCCAGACGCACCUAUGGAGCAGAAGACACCGCGGAAGAUCGAGGCAACGAAGCGCGACCCCAUACAACAUAUCGCCAAGCUCGUCUUCCACGGCAUAGGGUUCCUGGAGAAUGGCAGAUUCGUUUUCCUCGACAAACAGUCUUGGGUAUGCUCGGUGCAUUUGAAGAGGACUCAGCCUAGCGGCACUUUCCAUUAUCAUCGGCAUUUUUUCGUGCCGCACGAAUGGUAUUCGGGAACGAGGGAGAUACUUUGUGGUCUUGUCAAGCGGAAUGUUCUUUUCGCUAGGAAUGACAAGGUUGCUGUGAUUAGUGGUGGGUUGGAGUACGUGCAGGAGGUUACGAUGACUGUCAAAGGUGAUUAGUUCGAUAGUUGGGCAUUGAUGCACGGUCUUCGUCUCGAUUUCCAGUUCCAACACAGUGGUCUACAACAACCCACACUAGCUCAAUGUGUGACGAGAGUCCAGCCCC